AUGAAUAAUUAUAAUGGUAGAAAAAUAUUUUCUAAUUUAGAAAAGAAAGGAGAUAUGAAUGAUAUACUUAAAAUAAAGAAAACGAGAGCAGACAAGAUAUUUGCGUUUGACACAUCAGGUGAGAAUAAUAAUAUUAUAACAAACGAUAAGUAUAUGAAUAAUGGAAAUAGGAAUGUAGAUGUAGGAAAUGAAAAGAUGUUCAAUUAUAAUAUGAAGGAUAUAAAUAAAAAGCAUUUGUUAAAGAAUGAUACAUAUAAUAAUAAUGAUUUUAAUAAAAAGAUAUAUUAUGACAAACAUAAUAAUAAUGAAAAAAAUUAUAUGAAAGUAAUAAAUACAAAUAUAAAUGAUAAUAAAAAUAUUUAUGUAGAUAAAAAUUACUUCGAUGAAAAUAAUUUAAUAAAAGAUAGAUCUAAAUUUAGAAGAUUAGAGACAUUCAACGAGAGUGACCAGAUUAAUAAUGCAUGUGCAUAUAAUGAAAUAAAUGAUAAUAUAAAUAAUAAUACAAAUAAUAAUACAAAUAAUAAUACAAAUAAUAAUACAAAUAAUAAUACAAAUAAUAAUACAAAUAAUAAUACAAAUAGUAACACAAGUAAUAAUACAAAUAAUAAUACAAAUAAUAAUACAAAUAAUAAUAUGGAGGUUUAUCCAAAUAAUAUAAAAUUAAAUUAUGAGUAUAGUAAAAAAAACAAUGAAAAGUAUGAUUCAUAUGAUGAAUAUGAAAAAUAUAAAAAUUUUAAUCAAAGGAAUGUAGCAUUCACAAAAAAUAAUGAACCAAAUAUGAAUUUUAAAUAUUCAAGAAUUAAUAGAAUGGGGGGUAAUUAUAUUCCUCCGACAGAUUCAAGAGGUAUAAUGAUAUCUAAAAAAAUGUCUUCGACAUUUCAUAUGAGGGAUAAAAUAAAUGCUCCUAUAGUUUAUCAGUCAAAUGAGAAUGAUGAUAAUAUGAAUAAUAUUAAUAACAUGAACACACUAAAUAAUCAUAAUAAUAAUAAUAAUAAUAAUAGUAAUAGUAACAAUAGUGGUGUUAUUAAAGAUGAUACUACUAAAUCUAGUAAUAAUAAUAUAACAAAUAUGGAUUUAUUAAAAAAUGAUAGCAUUACUAAAGAUAGUUUAAAUAACGAUGAGUUUGUACAAAAUAAUUUGGAGAAACAUGAUAUACCACUUAAUACAAAUAAUGAAUUUGCAAGAAAUAAAAGUAUGAAUAAAAAGAAUAUGAUGAUGAAUCAAAAUAAUUUAUAUCUACAACAUGAUAAACAAAUGGGAAAUAUUAUAAAAAAAUAUGUUGUAGAGGAUAACAAUAGUAAUAUGGAAGAAGAACAAGUUAAUGCUAGCCAUAUGAUGAAAUAUCAUAAUUAUGUUAAUCAUAAUAAAGAAAGAGGACAUGUAUCAAAUAAUAAUAUAAAUAAUAAUAUAAAUAAUAAUAUAAAUAAUAAUAACAAUGUAGGAGAUAAUGAAGCCAAUAGGAAAAAAGAAUAUCAUAAUUUUUCUUUGAGUACAAUUGAUUCUACAUAUUCUAAUCAGAACAAUUUAGAGAAAAAAUUCGGAUCCAAAUUUAUAGAUGUUCAUCAUCACAAUGUUAGAAAGGAAAAUGUAAUAAUAGAUACGCCUCCUCAAAAUAAUAUAGAUUAUGUCGAUGAAAAAAAAAAAUUAGUUCAUAUGGAAAAAAUAGAAAAUAAAUAUAACAUGAUGGUUAAUGAUACUAAAAAUAGUGAUAUAAAAAAUAAUGAUACGAAAAAGAAAAAUAAUAAUAAUAUGAAUAAUAUGAAUAAUGUGAAUAAUAUGAAUAAUAUGAAUAAUGUGAAUAAUAUGAAUAAUAUGAAUAAUGUGAAUAAUAUGAAUCAUAUGAAUAAUGUGAAUAAUAUGAAUAAUGUGAAUAAUAUGAAUAAUAUGAAUAAUAUGAAUAAUAGUAGUAUACCUUGUGGUGUUAUGGCCAUUGAUAAUAACAACUGCAAUGUUGUACCUAUGGAAUAUGCACACUUAUCAGAAUAUGAAUAUGAAAAUGUAAUAAAAAAGAAUUAUAAACCUUGUUUUAAAAAAGAUCAUAUGAUUCAUAUGGAUAAGAAUCGAUUUAUGGAUAAGGGUGAUGUAGGUGUUGUUAUGUCUAAAAAUUAUGAAUUUAAUAAAAAGGAAGGUACCAAAAAAAUCAUUCCACAAGAAUAUGUUAAUGAUAUUAAUGAUAAUAUGCAUAUGACAAAUAAUAUGCCCUAUGGUAUUAGAAAAGAACUUAUAAUCAAUGAUAAUAAUAAUUAUAAUAAUAAUAAUAAUAAAUUACAUCAAGAUAAGAUUAUGAUAAAUAAUAUGAUGAGAGAAAACAAAGGUAAUAUGAAAAAAAAUAUACCUCAUUUUGGUAGCUCACCAAAAUAUGAUGAAAGUCAAUUAAGAAGACAAGCUAUAAAAAAUGUAGAUAAAAUGGAAAUAAAUUAUAAAAAUAAAAAUACUAUGAAUUAUGAUAAUAAUGAUAUGAUGUUAAUAAAAUAUGAUAAUACAAAUGAAGAAAUACAUGGAAUGUUUCAGUCAGAUGAGGAGUAUGACAAUAAUAAUUUAUAUGAUAAUAUUAAAGGUGAUAUAAAUAUGGAAAAACCAUAUAUUAUGAGAAAUGAGAAAAAUGUAUAUAAUAAAAAAGUUAAUUUUAAAUUUAUGAAUGAUAGGAAUAUGAAAAGAACAGGUCAUGAAAAUGUAAUAAAUCCUUUAAAAGAAGGUUAUAAAAAUAAUGAAUAUUCAACUUAUGCUUAUAAAAAUUACCCAUCAGAACAUUAUCCUAAUAUGGAUAAUACCCCUGAUAGUCAUGAUGCUUAUGAUGGUUACCGAGGGGACCUUUAUUUAAAUCCUCAGUAUUCAGAUAUGGAAAAACAUGAAGAUGUGAGGAGCUAUCAAAAUAGUUACCCUUAUGAAACUCAAAAUGAGAAAGGAGCCCUGACCAUUAUACGCCUUCCUGCAGAGAAUAAGAAACAAGUAAAAAAAAAAAAAAAAAAAAGUGUAGAACAUAGUCGAAAGUCACUAGUAGAUAUGUAUAGUUCAGCUAUACCAAUUAGUGAUAAUGUAGAUCCUAAUGUAUUAAAAGCGUUAUCAAAAGAUGAAAAUUUAGAUGAAAAGUUGUAUGCAUUAAUACCUAAAUCAGUAGUAGAAAUUAAUGAAUUUGAUGACAUUACACAUGUAACUUUAAAAUCACCAUCUCCACUUUUUGUUAAUCAGAAUAUGAAUGUAAAGCAACAUAUAGUUACAACGAAUUAUUAUAAGCAUGAGGACAUACCAAACAUAGCUUCUUGCGUAGUACCAUUAUCGGACGAAUCAUUAAAAGAAUCUUUAGAAAAGUCGAAAGAAUCCUUGAGUGGCGGAGAAAACGACAAAAAUCUGAAAUCGAUUAUCAGAGGAAACUCUCUAAGAAAUAAAAGUGGCUCGUCAUUGAGUGUCAAAUUUAGGCUAUCAAAGAAUGAUGAGAAAAAUGUUUUAACAGAAAAAAAUGAUUCUGUCGAAAAGAUGAAAGAAUUAAAUAAAAAAAUAGAGGAGCAUAUAUUAUCUGAUGAAUUGAAGAAUUUAAAGAUAGAUAGAAAUGUAACUGAAAGAAAAAGAGCAUCGAUAUUUGAUGAUUCGAAAGCAAAACCAAGAAAUGAAAAGAAAAAUGAAACGAGCAACAAGAUCGUCUUAGAUUCAAAUAAAGUAAAGAAAGCAACAGAAAUUAAAUUAAAAAAAAUUCAACAUGUUACAGGAUUAUUAGAAAAAUAUGAUAUACCUAAUCCUUUUGAGAAAUAUUAUAAGGAUUCUAUAGAUUAUUCUCAGCUAAUGGGUCAAAAUAAUAAUGCAAAGCUUUUUAAUUUAGCAUUAACGGUGUCGAAUAAUUACUACAAGUUCAUUGUGAAAAGUAUGGAGAGAGCUGAAAUUAAAGAAGUCUUUAAUGAUAAGAGAAAGAAAAUGUUGUUAAAGUUAAUAGUUUUAUUAGGAAAUCAAAUAAAUAGUGAGAUAAAAAAGAAAUUUGUGGAGGCAAAUGCAUUUGAACCAUCCAAAGAACAGGAGUUGAAAAAAGAAUAUGAUGUAAAAUCCAAAAUGAGCGACAAGGAAAAAGAAAUAAAAAUUGAAGAACAUAAUUUAAUAUGCAAGUAUUGGGAAAAACAAAGUGAAUGUAUGAGUAUGCUAAUAGAUGAGUGGAAUAAAAUUUCAGAUAUACUUGAAUCUAUUAAUAUUGAUCCGAAUAAUAUUAUGAGUUCUUUAUUAUCAUUAUAUGGAGAAAAAACAGUUAACGAUUUUCAUUUAUCUCUUGAAGAAAUAAAAAAAGCUAAUAUAGAAUUAAACGUAAAUACUGAUGAUAUAAGUAUCCCAGAAAUUAAUGAAGAAGAUAUAAAUAAGUUUGAUCCUUCGAAUAUGACUAUACUAAAUUUAAUAGAGGAUAUAAAAUGGGAUAUGGAUUUGGAAUAUUCAAUUAACCAAAUUAGAGAAGAAUGGAAAAAUGAAAACAAACAAAAUAAAAAAAUUAUACAAAAAAAGAUUAUUGAGGGUAUUAAACACCGCGUUGGGUUAUUAGAUUAUCUGAACAAAGUAGAAAUAAACUUGAACGCCUUUGCAAAAAUUAUUGAAGGGAGAAUGAUAUCAAAUGAUGACGUAAAAAGUCAAUUAUUAUCUAUACAAGAUAUGAGUGAAGAAGGGUUACUUUCGAAGCUUUUAGAAAAUUUGAAAUGUAAUAAAAUGGAUAUAAAUGCUGAAUCUUUUAAAACACCAACUUCUUUUUUUGUUUCUCAUCACUUACCUAUGACAGUAUGUUCAUAUAGUGAUCAUUCAAAUAUUGAUGAAUUAAAGGAUAUGAAUGAAACUAAUAGUAAUGCUGAUAUUAAAGACGAUGAAAAAAAAAUGACUGAUGAAAAUGAUGCCAUAGAUACUCAAAAUAAAAAUGAACACAACGACUAA